ACUUUCUCUCUCCCCCAACUCUUCUUUUCUUUCCUUUCCUUUCUCCUACAUUUUCUUUUUCUCAUCAAAUGGAGGGAAACCAGCAACUUCGUAGACAACUUGCAGCCAUGAGACAGUCCCUCUUUGAUCAGGGAUACCUUGAUGAACAGUUCAUCCAGUUGGAGGAGCUUCAAGAUGAUGCUAACCCUAGUUUUGUAGAGGAAGUUGUCACAUUGUACUACCGAGAUUCCGCCAGGCUAAUCACUAACAUAGACCAGGCACUGGAGAAGAGCCCUCUUGAUUUUAACAAGUUAGAUGGCUAUAUGCAUCAGUUCAAGGGAAGCAGCUCAAGCAUUGGAGCCAAAAAGGUGAAAACUGAGAGCACACAGUUCAGAGAAUAUUGCAAGGCAGGAAAUGGAGAAGGAAGUAGAAGGACUUUCCAACAACUGAAGAAGGAAUAUGCAACACUGAAGAAGAAACUAGAAGCUUAUUUUCAGCUAGCAAGACAAGCAGGGCCUAUGGAGACUGCUAGUGGUCGGAAAUAAUUAAUUGCAGAAGGGAAUGCAAUGAAAAAGUGAAAUGUUGUUGUUGAAGUUUGUGCUGUGUAGUGUAUGAGCAGCAGUAAAAAUGGAGCACUUGAAAGGGCUUUUGGGUUGGGUUGAUGAGUGAUGUUAAUCUAUGUAUUAGAAUUUGGUUUCCUGAAUGAAAGUUUUGCUGUGUGUUAGGCUUCUCAGUUUCAGAAAAAGAUCAUAAAAAGCCCUGUAAUGUAAACUCAGUUCAAUACUUCAAUUAUAUGCUCUGUUUUUCAACUACUUGUAAUUUCUCUCCUCCUUGUUUAAUUCACAAUAAAUCAUG